UUCGUGUAUUCUUAUUGUAUUUUGCACAGCGAUAAGAAAAAGUUGCAUAAAAUGAAUCCUGACAAAGAAAGCAAACAAGAAAGGCUUCGAAUAAGGAGGGAUCGAGAGAGACAAGCAACUGCCCAAGAAACAGCUGAAGAGAAAGAAGUCAGGCUAGCCAAACGCAGAGAAAAGCACAGGGCACUCAAAUUCAAGGUAACCAUUGCAUGCACUGGAUGCCAAUAGAGCAUCCCAGCAACUGAGACGGGACACAGAGACUCCUGAGGCUAGGCAGGCACGCCUACAGCAAAUGGCUGCUUCCACCCAAACCAGCAGAGCUUCAGAUACUCGGCACGCCUACAGCAAAUGGCUGCUUCAACUCAAACCAGCAGAGCCUCGGACACUCCUGAGCAGGGGCGGAUCCAGGAUUUAAGGAAGGGGGGUUCUUAUAGUACUUCUUGUCCGCGCAAAGCGCGGGAGAGAUGGUUGUGACUGGAGGAGAGAUAGUAGUGGUCCCCAGUGGAAAGACAGACGGUGGUGGCUGGUGAAGAGGAGACUUGGCUAUAUUUAUAGACUUGUAGAACUUGACCAUCAAUAUAUUAAUGAGGGCAAUUAUACAUGUAACUGUAAGUAUGCAGUGUCAUUCAAUAUGCAGUGUCAUGCACUCUCCCUUACCUGAAACUUUCCUCUUCUUACACCAGGAGUCAAGGAUUCAUGGCUAGAUAUAAUAAUAUUAUCGCUUGACCACGGUGCAAAUCAAUGUGGCUGCAGUAGCCAGCCCCACCCUCUUGUUAUGUAGAGAGAACCAGCCCCACCCUUUUAUUAUGCAAAGAGAACCAGCCCCACCCUUUUAUUAAGCAGAGAGCUUUGUACGACUUUGUCACGACAGUACAGUUAGUUAGCUAGCUAGCUAAUAUAUACUAGCUGGAAGGGUAGUUCGUAAGAACCCAACGAACUACCUCUGGAUCCGCCCCUGCUGAGGCACGCUUGGAACAAGACAGGCAUAGGCGCUGAGUCAGGUUGGCCGAGUGAUGAAAGUGUUUCGAUUCCCUCUGGAGAUGUUCGAGUGGCAGUCAAUGGCCGAGUGUGGACGUUCAACCCUCAGGCCAUGGUUGCCUCCCCGGAUGAGAACCCUCCUGAACUUCCAGGUACAGAACCUGGCCGUCAUCGUGGCAGCUGCUGCAGCCGGAGAUGCCAACACUCUCAGAGAGUUCCUACGCAAACAUCCCACUGAGGUGAACACCAAGGCAGCUGGCAAGGCGGCCAUCCACUGUGCCUGUGCAGCUGGCAAUGUGGACGUGCUCAAGGUCAUCAUGGAGUUCGCCCCCAAUGUGGAAGUGGGGGAUGAAGAUGGUGACAGACCACUGCAUCUCUGUGCUUACAGUAGGUGUGAAGUUCCAUGGUAGUCUGAGAUCACCUGCCCCCCUACUGCCACAGCUAGGGCACACAGAGAGGUGGUGAGCCAGUCUGAGAUCACCUGCCCCCUACUGCCACAGGGCACACAGAGAGGUGGUGAACCAGUCUGAGAUCACUUGCCCCUCUACUGCCACAGGGCACACUAGAGAGGUGGUGAGCCAGUCUGAGAUCACCUGCCCCCUACUGCCACAGGGCACACUAGAGAGGUGGUGUACCCUACUCCCCUGCGUACUGGCAGUGCCACCCACCACCCUCCCACAGCCUCUCUGCCAGUUGGAGUUAUGGAUAUUGCUGGAGCCACUGGCGGUG